UGUUCUUUCUCCUCGCAUGAAAAAGUAGAAAAAAACAAGCCCGCCUGCCAUUAGAGAAUCAGAGAGCUCUCCAUCUUUCAAAUCCUUAAAGCCAUUUUCUCUCUCUAACUUCUUGGUUUUCUAGUGUUCUUUUCUCUCUCUAGCUUCUUUAAUCGCAGUGGAAUGCUCAGUUUUUGGUUUGGAUGUAAUCUUCUUUCCCAUGCUUCAACAGUAAUGCAUGUGUGUGUUAUGAGAAAAGGAACUUUCUUCAAUCCCUAUUCCAUUUUCCCUCUCUGGUUUCUUCAAUAGCGAUGGGCUCUUUGUUGGGUUUUCAUAUAAUCUUCUCUCUCAUGCUUCCGCCGCAAUGCAUGCGACUGUUGGGGUAAAAGGAAGUUUUUCUCUCUCAAUCCUCACUCAGAAAGCAUAGUUUUGGGGUGAGAUACAAGUUUCUCUCUCUAGACCAGGCCAGUGAAAUUCCAUUUCUGAGAAGAAAAUGCUUUGGUUGACAGCCGUUAAUUGAAUCCUCCAACCUCCUCCAUGGCCUCAUAUAUCUUCUCCUUAUCUUAGAUCAAUUUAGAACAUAUCAAAGAACAAACUUCAGUGAAUUCUUUUGAGGCAAUUAGCUUGGCGACGAGGAACUAGCUUCUGCAUAAGGAGGCUAUAUUAAGGAUUUUUCCGCAAAAGUUGGCUCUCGCUCUCUCUCAGUAGUAAUUUUCUCUGGUACAAAAAUGUCACGUAGAAAGGUUCCUGAUGUGGCUAGGGACCAUGGUAAGAUCAACCCCAGAAAUGGUUAUCACGUUACAUGCAAUUAUUGUGGCAAAACGGUGACUAGUUUGGCUCGUCUCAAGUAUCACCUGGCAUGUAUUCCUGGAGAGGUGUUGCCAUGUGGAAAAGUCCCAGAGGAUGUCAAAACGCAGAUGACAACUGCUGUCAUUGAAAUGUGGGUACAAAAAUUGACUGAUAAGCAUGGGCAACAAAGUUUACAUAAGGAUCACAUUAAACGUCAAUUGAUUAUUCAAUCAAAAUUGUGCAGGUCCAAAGCCUCUCAAUCAGCUAGUUUCAAGAAACAGAGAGUAAAUGUCGGGACUGAGGUCGAGAGUAAGAUGGAAAGUUCUUCUAGUCCUCUCUAUCCAUUAGGUUCAAAUGAUAAAUGGAGGCAUGCUUGUAUGUGCAUUGGCAGAUUCUUCUAUGAGUCUGGUAUGGAACUCAGUGCUUCUGAGUCUCCCGCCUUUCAGAACAUGAUAGAAGCUAUAAUUAAUUGUGGGUUUGGAUAUAAUAGCCCAAGUGUCCAUGAAUUAAGAGGUUGGAUCCUAAAGGAAGAAGUGAAAGAAAUAAAUGAGCAUUUGAAAGAGGUGAAAUGUUCAUGGGGAAGGACAGGGUGUAGCAUAUUAUGCGAUGAUUUUGUGGACGAAAUGGGACGGACUUUCCUGAACUUCAUAGUUGAUUGCCCCCAAGGUACCAUUUAUCUUAAAUCUAUUGAUGCAUCGGAGUUCACUGCUGAUUUGAAUUCCUUAUGCAAUUCGUUUGAGAGAAUUAUCGAGGAGGUAGGAAUUGAAAACGUGGUACAAGUUAUCACGAAUGGUGUUACUUGUGAUAUGGAAGAUGUGGGCCAAAAAUUGAUGAAGAAGCAUAAAGGUUUCUUUUGGAGCCCAUGUACGGCACAUUGCAUCAAUAUUAUGUUGGAGGAGAUGGAAAAAAUGAACGAUGUGAAAGUGGUAUUGGAUGAGGCAAAGUCAAUAACUAGGUUUAUUUAUAACUCAGCACAAUUUCUGAAACUGAUGAGAAUGCAUACACAAGGGCAGGAAUUGGUUCAGCAAGCUGAAACAAGGAUUGUUGCUUGCUUUCUUACUUUGCAAAGAAUUGUCUCUGAGAAAGAGAACCUGAGGAACAUGUUUAACUCACCUACAUGGAAGACAUCUAUAUGGGCAUCUCGAAAUGAGGGAAUUGAAUUAGAAAAUUUAAUAUGGGACCUCAGAUUCUGGGAAAGAGCCGAAGUGGUUGUGAAGGCUACCAUUCCACUUAUUCAGGUUUUGAACUUGUUAGAUGAUAAAUAUUUGAUGGGCUAUAUUUAUGAGGCCAUGGAUCAGGCAAAGGAGAUCAUAAAAAUCAAUUUUGGAGAUGAAGGAUCCAAAUACCUACCGUUUUGGAAACUCAUAGAUGAUAUAUGGAACAAUAAGCUCCAUAGCCCUCUUCAUGCUGCAGGUUAUGUUCUAAACCCAAUAUAUUUCUAUUCCAAGGAUUUCUAUAGUGAUCCCGAGGUUGCCAGUGGCCUCAUCGAAUGUAUUGAUCGGAUGAAUGCUGAUCUUCACUCACAAGACUUGGUACUGCAAGAGCUAGAUAAGUACAAAGGAGCCCAGGAUGGUUUUGCAAAGGGGAUGACUAUUAGUCAGCAAAAUAAGUGUCUCCCAGCUGACUGGUGGUCAUCAUAUGGAGGUCAUUGCCCAAAUCUACAAAGAGUUGCACUUCGUAUAUUGAGCCAAAGUUGUUCGACCUUGAAAUGUAAGCUGGACUGGAGUUUGAUGAAGCAGUUGCAUACUGGGAGAAGGAAUAAAAUUGAACACGAAAGGUUGACGGAUCUGGUCUCUCUCCAUUAUAAUCUCCAAUUGAGGAAUAUGAACUCAACUAUGAAUAGCAACAAACCCACCAAAGAAAUGGUGAUCAACCAAAUGAACGAUUGGGUUGUGGGGUUACAAGAGCACGUUUUUCAUUGUGAAACUUCAAGCUGGAUGGAUUUGGAGUUUGAGGACACAGAUGUUGUUGACAAGGCAUGUAGCCAAGUUCCUCCUAGCUUUCAACCCAAGGAAGAGUUGGAUUAAGAGUGUCAUAUCAGGGGGUGAUCUACUACAGGUGAUGGCAGGGACCUAACAGAGUAGGAAAUUUCCACAUUCAAUCUAUGUGAUUACAAUUACAAAAGAGAGAGGAAAAGAAAUCCGAAACUGAAUGUAUAUGCUGCUGUCACCUAUUGAGAAGA